AUGAAUAUAAUAUCAGUGUAUGCACCAGAGGACAAUAAACCCAAAAAGGAGAGAGAACUCUUUUACGAUCAACUACAAGAAACUAUAGAACGUCAACCUGCAAAUGAAACAAUGAUCGUUCUUGGAGACUUCAAUGCACGUAUUGGAAGUGAAAUCAUACCAGGAAUAAAACAGCGAUUUAAUGAGGACGUGAUAAAUAGUAAUGGAGAACUCCUGAUAAAUUUGUGCACAUUGAGCGAGCUAAGAAUGAACAACACCUUCUUUCAUCAUAAAGCCCAACAUAAGUACACGUUUGAAAAUUCAAGAGGGCAAAGAUCGACCAUUGACUAUAUAUUGAGCAACAGGCAUAUACAUCCUGCUCAAGUACGAGACGUCAGAACUUUAAAUUCAGCUAAUGUCAAUAGUGAUCACAGGCUACUGAUGGGAAAAAUUAAACUAAGGUUACCCCUAAAAAGAAACAACAAAACGAACAGAAAAGAACAAAAACUGAACGUAGAAUCCCUAUGGCACGACUCCACAAAAGAUUUAUACCAGCGAAAACCACAGGAAAAAAUAGAAACAAACCAAAUAAAUUCGAGAGACGAUGUCGAUGUUUGCUGGCAAAAGUUGAAGACCAACAUCGAAGAAGCUGCGAACGAGGUACUUGGCAAGCGCAUGAUAAAUAUGGACAAGGGAAUUAAUAGAACCCCCUGGUUUACCAACGAAAUAAAAUCUACUCAGUACAACAUUAAAAUUAAUAACUAA